AUGAAGGUGAUCCUAUGGAAUUGCCGGAGAGCGGGGAAGCCCUCCUUUGCCCCGGUCUUCCGCAGGUUGGUGCAUCAGCACAAUCUGGACAUUUGUAUUUUACUAGAGACGCGGUUGUCGGGGAAUAGCCUACAGAAGGCUAGGAGGACGGUGCCGAGGUCUUGGGGGUUCUAUGCAGUGGAAUCGCAAGGCCUAUCGGGAGGCAUUAUCGUUACUUGGGCUCAGAGCAAAUGCAGAGUUGACAUCUUCAAUGUUUGCACUCAAGAGGUGAUCAUGGUGAUCUCGGAGGGUAGUGGUGAUCCAUGGAUCUUUGCGGCUAUGUAUGCUAGCACAGAUUUCAGGGAGAGGAGGAUUUUGUGGGAGGAGGCUUCCCAAUUGAUCAGUCAGGGUCACCCGAUGUUGGUGGCGGGUGACUUUAACUGUAUUGUCGGCCCCCAGGAGAAGAUGGGCGGGAAACCCUUCACUUACACAAGGAAAAUCAAGGAGUUUCAGGAUUUUCUUGACUCAAAUGGAUUGGUUGAUUUGGGCUUCUUGGGCCCGCAGUUCACGUGGUGCAAUAAUCAACUGGGACGGACCCGAGUAUGGGAGAGACUAGACAGAGUUUGUGCCACUGGUGGGUGGGUCCAGUGUUUUCCAGAUCAUCGUGUUAGACACCUGCCGAGGAUAGCAUCGGACCACUGCCCAUUACUGGUGAGUACUGAGGCACUUAUCCCUGUAUCUUCCCCCUUCAGAUUUGAGAAGUUUUGGCUUUGCUACCCGAGGUCCUGGGAGAUGGUUAGGGAGGCAUGGAGAGUACCAGUCCAGGGGGAUGCGAUGUACCGGAUAUCCCGGAGGUUGGAACUGACGAGAAGAAGGCUAAGAAGGUGGAACCGUGAGGAGGUAGGGAACAUCUUCAGGGGGAUUGAGGAGUCAGAGGAGGCCAUUACUAGACUACAAGCUCGGGAGGUCCAGAGUGGAGGGUUAUUGGAGGAGGAGGUGGGGGAGCUCAGAUCGCAUUUGGCAUUGCAUGACUCUCUUCUUAGGCAGCAGGAGAUAUUUUGGAGACAGAAAUCGAGGGUACAGUGGAUUCUAGAGGGGGACCGGAACACUAGAUUCUUCCAUCAGGCGACAGUGAUCAGGAGGCAUCAGAACAGAAUCAGAGUCAUCAGAGAUGAGGAUGGACAGCUGUCAGAGGAUCUGGAUAGGAUUCCGAGGAUCUUGGAGAGCUUCUUUAGGGCUAGAUGGACUGAGGAGACAGGGGAUUUUGGCCUAGUAGACAUUCCGAUGCCUCUGGCAGGGGUGACGGAGGAGGAGACUGCGGCAUUGAUCAGGCCAGUAUCAGAGAGGGAGAUUAGGGAGACAAUCUGGUCCCUUGAGGGGGACAAGGCUCCAGGGCCGGAUGGUUUUCCUCCGUUGUUCUUUCGGAGGGAUCACGAUCACGACAUAGAGGAUUAUUACCAGCUCCAUGAUAAGAUCGAAGUAAUCAUCCGCCAAGGCCUCCUGAACCAUCUCGUCGGUGGAUCGACCGAUAUAGCGGAGCUCAAUGGACAGACUUUGGGGCCAUCUGAUGGGCCUGAUGACGGACGCCCUGGCAUGGGCACUAUCAACGCGCCGUCUAUGUAUCUUAUGCGUUAA